GAGACAGACAGUGCGGCAGGAAAACCGCAACAACGCGCUCCGUGGUUGAUUACAAACGGGACGUCAAAAAACACGGGCUAUUCUCAGAGGAAUGUGUAAACAUGAACCGAAACGCGUCACUCGCGACUCAUAGAGGACAAUUGUGGAGUUUUUCUUCAUUCGUUAUCACUGUGGAAAAGGAGACGCUGAAUUCCAUCUGAAUUCCAAGGGGAGCCUUGACAUCUCUUCUGAACGGUUGCGCGGAGGAGAUGACUGGAAAAUACAAAGAGCAGCGAGUCAAUGUGCCAACGUGGAGUCAGGGACAAAUAUCUAUGUAGACAACUGCUGAAACAUUUAUUUUCCUCUGCUUAUUUACAUAGUUUAAAGAAACACACUGCAUCUCAACAAGUCAAUUAUUCUGCAUGAAAUUCCAUUAGCGGGGAUGCCCUCGUUCUCUGUUGCCUAAUAGGGAGCUUAAAUCCAAGAAGUGAAAGAUGGGUGAAGUUCAAGACAUCAAGGAUGUUAAAAAGAUAUUUAUUGCUCCGGCAAUAAAGUCUUUUGAUCACUACGACUUCGCGAGAGCCAAGAUUGGUUGCAGCCUAAAGUGGUUGGUGACCAAGGCGUAUGGGACAGCAUCCCGAGAGGAAAGCAUGUUUUUCUCCAGGCCUUCUGGCAGAGGCCUUCCGCAGGGCAGAGAAGACGGCGUCCCAGCAGACCUGCGGGACCCCUUCUACACGGACCAGUACGACCAGGAGCACCUGAAGCCCCCCGUGGUCAGCCUCCUCCUGUCCGCCGACCUCUACCGGAGGGCCGGCAGCAACAUCCUGAAGAGUGACCCGGCCGCCGGGCCUCUUCUGGGGCAUGACGCCGUAAUCCAGGCCCUGGCUCAGAGAGGCCUCUACGUCACCGACCAGGAGAGGCUCGUCACAGAGAGAGACCUUCAUAGGAGACCUCUGCAAAUGAGCGCCCACCUGGCCAUGAUUGACGCACUGAUGAUGGCCGUUGCCAUGGAGACGGUAAGCACGGAGAAGGUGCUGGCCUGCGUGCGCCAGUACUACCCCUGCAACGCCGACCUGGAGACCCCGUACGACACGGAGGACGCAGUCACCACCUGGAUGAACAAGGUAACAGAGUAUCUGAAGGACAUCAUCACCCAGGACCAGAAGAAGAAGGAGGCACAGAGCCCAGAGCCUGCUGGGAGCCCUCGGUCUCCAACCAAGUGGUACAUGAAGCUUGUGCCUACGCGCUACAGGAAGGACCAGAACCCCAGCCAGCAGAGGCCCUGGAUCCCCCCGGUGGACAACCUGCUGAAGGACACCACGGACGGGUCUGCCCUGGCCGCCCUCCUGCACUUCUACUGCCCCGCCCUGCUGGGCCUGGAAGAUGUGAGCCUGAAGGAGAACAUGACCCUGGCCGACAGCCUGUACAACCUGCAGCUCAUCCGGGACUUCUGCCGCGACCACCUCGACGGCUGCUGCCACUUCACCCUCGAGGACAUGCUGUACGCGUCCUCCACCAUCAAGAGCAACUACCUGGCUUUCAUGGCAGAGUUGUUCACGUCGUUUGAAGUGGACAAGCCUUCUUUCGUCAAGCCAAGAAUUCUGGACGGUGAAGGCACCGUGACUCCAUCCUCCUUACUGAAGAACAUUCCAGCGGUCCCCAUCUCCAAGGCAACCAAGAGAAGCUUCAUGGACAGAUCUCCAAGUCCUGAGAGACCAAGCCUACCCCUCCGCCCACAACCUCGCAACACAGGUGAAAUCAGGAGGUCCACUUCCAUGUCCUUCGUGGACGGCAACGUUGGAACCUGGCCUAAAGAGAAGAGGUCCGGGCCUUACGGAGUGUCCUUCGACAUCCCCUUCGACAAAAGCGACCCGGCACCGGCCUCCGAGACACCCCCCCGCGGCAUGGUGCGCUCGGCCAGCACCGACGACGGCGCGGGCUUCAAGGUCCACCACAUGCCCCGCGGGAUGAAGCGCAACCUGUCCUUCCAGCCCGUCCACGGCCAGAACCUGGGCAUCGAGGAGGAGGAGGGCUGCCCGGAGAGCCUGGCCGCCCCGGAGGCUGAGGUCCGUCCCACCACGGGCCGGGCCUACCCCAACGGGCACGGCGACGCGGCCUCCCUCCCGUCCGGCGGUGGCCCUUCCAUGGAGGACGCCCUGCGGAUGAUCAGCCCCAGCCGGCCCGCCACCGAGGGCACCAACAGCGGCUUCUUCCUGCACGGCCCCGCGGGCCUGGGGGCCCCGCUGGACCCCGUGUCCGAGUCGGACUUCAAGGGGCCCCCGAGCUCGUCGGACGACACGGAGAUGGACACGGGCGUCCAGGUGCGCACGGAGGAUGCGCUGGACGAGGACUCGUCGCUGAGGGACUGCUCGGUGAACCUGGAGCUGGAGCUGGACACGCCGAGCCCCAGCGGCAGCGCCGGCUACGGCCGCUCGCCGUCCGCCGCCGUGAGGAUGACCAGCUUCGCCGAGCAGAAGCAGAAGAAGCUCCAGCCCUCGGCGCCCGACUCGGGGCGGGGCAGCAGCAGCUCGCUCAAGACCACGCCGGAGGGCUCGGAGCUGGGGCUGCCGCUGUCCGUCACCUGGGGCCCCAGCCCCAAGCACAGCCCCGUCCGCAAGCACAGCCCCCCCCCGCCCCCGGCCGCCAAGGCGCCGCCGGCGGUCCCGCUGCGGGUGGCGCCCGUGGACCCCGCCCAGGCCAUGGCCACGGAGAUGGUGGAGCUCCGCAUGCGGCUGGAGGAGAAGCGGAAGGCCAUCGAGGCGCAGAAGAAGAAGGUGGAGGCGGCGUUCACGCGGCACCGCCAGCGGACGGGCCGCUCGGCGUUCCUCGACGUGGUGAAGAGGCGGGGCGACGGCGCCGCCGAGGAGGGCGGGAAGGCGGAGGACGGGGGCAAGGCAGAGGGCCCGAGCCCCGCCCUCCGCGCGGGGGGGAGGAGCGUGGCGGACACGCCGGACGGCGCCGAGCAAGGCGGCAGGGAAGAGGGCGGCGGGCCGCUCGCGGGCCAGCCGACGGAGGUGGACCUGACGGAGUACACGCGCUCCAUCGACAAGCUCAACCACUCGCUGGGCUUCCUGCAGACGGAGAUGCAGCGGUUGGCCCAGCAGCAGGAGGUGAUCAUGGCCAUGAGGGAGCAGAAGCACCAGCAAGCGUGGCUGAUCCCCGCGCCGCACGCAAACCCCGCCGGGCAGAACCCCGGUCGGGUCGGCGGGGCUGGGACCAGAUCCUCCGGACCCUCCUCUCCGGUCGACUCCCCCCGCGUCGCCCACCGAUCCCCCACCAGCAUCAGACGCAAAUCGGCCUCUUUCCACUCCCGUACCCCCCGUACCCCCCGCCCCAGCGAGCUGAAGCUAGCCCCCUACAACCGGGUCCUCACCGCGCCCCAGUCCGUGGACAGCAUCCCCCGGCUACGGAGGUUCUCUCCCUGCCAGCCCCUGGCCCACUCCUUUGUGUACAUGGGGGAGAACCCAGCGAGGGCCAACCCGGAGACGGACCCUCAAGACGGGGACGGGAACGAGGAGGACCCCUUGCUCUCCCUGGAAAGCGAGGGGCCACACACCACCACCUCCUCCGCCAAAGUCGCCCGUAAACUCGGCAACGUCAAACAAUGGGAGGUCUACGCGAACAUGGAGGUCUCCGGGAUGCCGGCAUGGGACCAAGAGACGGACGCGGACCUGAAGCCCACGGUGGACACGUCCGUCUCCGAGGUCCUGUCCCAUCCGGUGCUGGAGUCCUUCACGGUGACGCCCACGGAGAGCCCGCCCCAGCUCGGUCAGGCCAAGGGCAGCCUCGUGGAGGUGCCCCUGCUGACAGAGACAGAGACAGAGGCUCUGGAGGAGAGGGACGAUGGCGGGGCCGGCCUGGACGACGACGAUCAGACCGCGUGCCGGGGGUUCUUCUUCAAGGAGGAGAGCAAGGGUGAGGACAACAUGGCCCAGAAGAGAGCGGCGCUGCUGGAGAAGAGGAUGAGGAGGGAGAAGGAGAGCCAGAUGAAGAAGGUGCAGCAGGAGGCGGAUCUGGAGCAGAAGAAGGAGGAGGCUCGGCUGAAGGCGGAGGAGGAGCGGCUGCGGAAGGAGGAGGACAAGGCCCGCAAGGAGUUCAUCAAGCAGGAGCACCUGAGGAGGAAGCAGCUCAAGCUCAUGGAGGACAUGGACCAGGUCAUCAAGCCACGCCCCUCCAGCCUGGGCCGCCAGCGUCGCAGCCGGCCCAAGUCCAUCCACCGAGAGAGCCACGACUCGCCCAGAACCCCCGUCAGGGCCGCAGUGUCCAGUCUGUCCCUGGCGUCCCUCUCCCUGGGAGACGCAGACAGCAGCCAGCCGGACAAGAGAGGCCCCAGGCCUGACUCGGCAGAUGGCUUCCUCUCUCCGAGUCGAUCGAACAGCAGGAACGGGGAGAAGGACUGGGAGAACGCCUCCACCACCUCCUCCGUCAUCUCCUUCACUGAGUACACCGGGCCGAAGCUGUACAAGGAGCCCAGCUCCAAGUCCAACAAGCACAUCAUCCAGAACGCCCUGGCCCACUGCUGCCUGGCCGGCAAGGUCAACGAGGGCCAGAAGAACAAGAUACUGGAGCAAAUGGAGAAGUGCGAGGCCAACAGCUUCCUGGUCCUGUUCCGGGACGCGGGCUGCCAGUUCCGCUCGCUCUACACCUACUGCCCCGAGACCGACGACAUCACCAGGCUGACGGGCAUCGGGCCCAAGAGCAUCAACCGCAAGAUGAUCGAGGGGCUCUUCAAGUACAACUCGGACAAGAAGCAGUUCAGCCAGAUCCCGGCCAAGACCAUGUCCGCCAGCGUGGACGCCCUCACCAUACACGGCCACCUCUGGCAGACCAAGAAACCCCCCACGCCCAAGAAAGUGGUACCUCCCGCUAAGUCCUAAUGGACACUCUGAAGGACUGAGCUAAAGUGUGAUACAUCUGCGCUGGAUCGAGACCCCCUGGAGGUAUGCGGUGGGUAGGGGUACAGUGGUCGGUACUCGUGUUUGUAAUGAGCCGUGAUUCUGGGUGUUAAGGACUUUCAAAUGGAUUUCUACCCAUGAAGAAUUCAGCGACAUCUGCUGAUCUUUAAUAAUUAAAAGACAAUGUUUUCAUGUUGACAUCUAAUACUGGUGAACCUCCUCCAAAUGACUGACCAUAAAAUAAUAAAUAACCGAAAAAUGUAGAAGGAUAAACAAGGCAUUCAAUGGCCAUGGUUUAUACGGUGGUUACAUUUUUUGGAGAGGUGCAUUAUGGGUCGUUGGAGGUGCAUUACGGUCCACGCAGGUGAGGUAGACUCACCGUGUUCCUCCAGGGAUAUUCCACACAGAGGUAUAAAUCAGCCUUGAAGCUAAACAACACAACCACGCCCUCCUCAGACAGAACCUGAUCUUCGUUUCAAUUUGCACUUCACUCUACAUCUCCAUGACGAUUCCAACACCUGCAAAGGCCAGUUUGUUGAGCGGUAUUAUGUUUUGUGCUUUUGACUUUAAUCAUUCCUGUUACAUUCCUUUCGUUUUGUUUUAGGUUUUUUUUUAAACAAAGUUCCAGAGUAGAAGGAACAGGACUCAGAAUAACUGGAAUGUAUUAUGGCACUAUUUAAAAAAACGUCAUGUAAAUGUUGAGCACUAAUAUGUGUUUGUAGAAGUGGUUUGAUUUGAGUCAAUCGUUUUGACUGUGUAACUUGCCAUUUUUAGGUUUUUGCUUAUUCUUCCUCAGAUGUGCCAAAAGUUAACAAACUUACAGCUAGAGACCGUUUGAAUGAUCAGCAGUUUCCUUUGAUAAUAUAAAGCACUGAAUGUUUUUUUUACAUCCAUGUACAUACAACUUUUUGUUCAUGUAAAUCUGUUUAUUUGUGGCCUCAUUUUUUGUUUUAGUUUUUAAGGAUUAUGUCAGUGCAAAGAGUUGAACGUUAUGAGACAAAUGCCAUACACUACCAUACACAAGACGUUUUGUACAUAUGAAGAAAAAAAAAAUCCCACUUUUAUACGUGGGUAAAACACUUUCUAUAGUUAAGGUACUUAAAACGACAAGGGCCAAAAAGAUAUGAUAGCAUACAGCUAGUAGUGUCAGCCACACAGUAUGUGUGAGUGUCCUCAAAUCAGAGCGGUUUAAGCUUUCUAUAAACUCCUACUUAAGUCACUCGACAGACCGUGGUUUCUAAUUUCAGAAAAACGUGGUUCUCGACCUGGCAAAGUAGAAUGGGAUUCAUUUUAGAAAAAGAAAGACGUUUUUAUAAUGAAUUUAUUCAUAUUCCAAUAUUCCUCUGUCGUGUUUGUAAUCUUGUUACAUUAACUGACUUUUUUAAAUAUGGGCAAAUAGUUAAUAUUUUACCGCCUCAACAUACAGCUGCAUGAAUAAAAAAAGGGAACAAGCAUUUGCAUGUUUACCGUUACAAGGAAUUCUGGGUAGUGAUUUCUCAGGGGUUAUGGGAGCUCCAAUUUUAAGAGUUUUAAGCAGCUGAUGAUUUGCAGAGUUGUAAAUCUCCUAAAACAGUUAGCGGUGAUGCAAAUUUCUUGUUUCAGAUGCUAUACCAACUGCACACCUUUUAGAAGGAUUAGGGAAUGUUUAAGAUAACCUGCGUUCCUGUCCUGGCUUAUUGGUGUCACCUACAGCAUUCCUAUUCAGUAAAUCUGGAAUUAAAAUAACAACAGAAAUUGAAUCAGCUAUUUGUAUUCAAUGCUGUAGUAUUAUUCAUUACAGUAUUAAGCAACAACAGUUUAAAAAUGUAAAGCACUUUUAAAAUGAUGAUUAAUUCAACUUGAAAAGUCCCAAUUCUCUAGAUGCAUUAAUAUGGGGUGCUUUACAUUUUUCACAAGAAGCCAUGGUAUAAAUUAUUUGAAUCACUUUAAGGAUCAUUGUAAAGAUAAUUUAAACUAGAUCCUCUAUUAACAUAUAAGGUUUCAUGGUAGCUUCACGGAAACAAAAGCCACUGUUUACAUAUUGAAAGUAUUUGGAAACUUUUAAGAUAUCUUGACCUAUGUUUGUCUUUUUUAAAUUAUUCUAUUUUAUCUUGUCUUGUUUAUCAAACAUUCUCCUUAAAGCUUAUUUUGUGGUGAAUGUUCUAUCGAAAAAAUCCUACAAUGGAGAAUAUUCAAAAUUAUAACCCAAACAAGGUUACACGAUUACACGGACACGGUCCAAUGUAACACAAUUGGAAACUGACCCAAAUAACACUAAAUGAUGAUAUGUAAAAAGUUUUAAAAAGUACAUAUUUUCUAAUUGAAUGAGCUUGAUCAAAUAUUGAAGGGCCAAAUAAGGCUCAGUAUUCGAUGCAGUUUGAGAUUUUUUACUCUCUUUUAUCUAUAUGACGCUCCUGACAAGAAAAAGGCUAAAUCAUUUAAGAUUCAAGUUUCUAUGUAUGUCCUAUUACUGCUUUUUCUUAAUAAAUCCAUUACUGAGGGAAUGUUCAUUUUCAGAAUGAAAUUGCAUUAAGAAUGACUUUGUGGUGUUUUUCCGUAAGCAUUUAGAAUACACGUGUUCGUUGGAUGCUGUAGGCCUAUUUACUGCUGGAAAAAUGGUUUGCUUUUGCUUUUCUCCUUUUCCAUUAAACUAAGCAUGA